AUUGUCCCGCAUCUACGAGAUACACAAUAGCUACAAGUAAGUUUUUUUGAUCAAGUGCUUCCCGCAAUCCCAUGAAGCCGAACACAACAGUGUGGUACAUACCCUCCCGAUACUUCAGCCUUGAAUCCAGAGACAUCGUUCAAGCAUUCGAAGCUGGUACAAGGCCACAAGGCACGAGCGAAGCUUUCCCUUCACGUCCGGUUGACCGAAAGACAGAAAGACGUUCAGGGCGAGAAGCCGCAUACCUAUAAAACAACACUGCACUUGCCUACAUCCCUGUCGCCUCCUUGAGCACCCUCCACCAGCCUCAGCCAUCAUGGCCGCACACUCCCACGACGGCGUGCCCUCACACUCCCACGAAAACGGGAACGGCGCUCCGCAUGGGCACUCCCACGAAAUCCUCGAUGGCCCAGGCUCCUACCUCCACCGCGAAAUGCCACUCGUCGAGGGCAGAGACUUCAGCGACCGCGCCUUUACAAUCGGCAUUGGCGGUCCCGUCGGCUCAGGCAAGACAGCACUAAUGCUAGAACUCUGCCUAGCCCUGCGCAAAGAGUACAACAUCGCCGCCGUGACCAACGACAUCUUCACCCGCGAAGACGCCGAGUUCCUUACGAAACACGGCGCCCUGACACCCGAGCGUAUCGUCGCCAUCGAGACAGGCGGGUGCCCGCACGCCGCGGUGCGCGAAGAUAUCUCCGCCAAUCUCCUCGCCUUACAGGGACUGCACGCCAAAUUCGGCACAGACAUACUCUUGAUUGAGUCCGGCGGCGACAACCUCGCGGCGAAUUACUCGCGCGAACUUGCGGACUUCAUCAUCUACGUGAUUGACGUUGCGGGCGGGGACAAAGUCCCUAGAAAAGGCGGACCAGGUAUAACGGGCAGCGACCUACUCCUGAUAAAUAAGUGUGAUCUGUCGGACGCGGUGGGCGCGGACGUCGACUUGAUGGAGCGCGAGGCGAACAAGAUCCGCGAGGGAGGGCCUGUGGUACGUGCCGUGAUCAAGCAUGGUGUUGGUGUGAGGGAGACGGUCGGUAUGAUUAUCUCCGCAUGGAAGAGUACGCCGGGAUAUGCGGAGAGUAGGAAGCGGUGGGCGGCUGGUGCGCAGAGAGGAAGUGGUGAGCAGCCUCCUGUCUCGCGGCGAAAGUGAUGUCGUCGUGAGAUAGGAAAAAGCAAAGUGUCAAUAAAAUGAAAAGAAACAUAUAACAUCACAACUUGGCUGUUCUUCCAGUUAC